AUGUCUGCUCAAUUAUUCUAUCUACAAGGACUUAUUCUUGAUAAUUAUGGUAAUUCAUAUGUUGCUAAUAGUUCCAAUCAUCGGAUUCAAAUGUUUUGUCCCGGUGCAGUAUUUGGUAUUACAAUUGCUGGUACUGGUCAAGUAGGUCAAGGAGAUAGUGAAUUAAAAUUUCCCUAUGAUGUAGCAUUUGAUUCCGAAAUGAAUCUGUAUGUUGCUAAUACGUGGAAUAAUCAUAUACAAAUUUUGAAAGAAUUCAUUGAACUAAAUUAA